AUGUCCACAAACAUUACAGUGUCUCUUCCACCCGGAUCAACAAGCCACGGGGAUCCAAACCUGCUAUGCUUACCCCCAUCAUGGACGGACUUGGCCACUUUCUACGGCACCAACUACCUCGCCCACGCAGCAACGUUGAUUGCUCGCCCUGGCCAGAGCCUCAUCGAAACCAUAAUUGACACAACAAACGCCUUGUUCAUUCCUGGGUCCGGGAUGGUACGUGCCGUGCGCCUGCUGAUCUUCUCUGUCGACUGGACUCGGAAUCGUUCUCCUCUUAGAAGGGCCGCAAAGGCCGGCGCGCUUUGCAUGGUUGUGAAAAGAAGGCAUAUCGGGCGUGCCACAUGGUCAGGUCCAGAUCCUGAACUUGCCCGUGCAGGUCGCGGCGACUGGUUCUCUGAUCACUUUAGCCUUGAGACCGACCCUGCCUAUGUGCCGUUUUCGAGGUCGAUCCUGGGUACUUGCUACCUGCGCGACAGGGAGCAGUAUUGCCUUAUUGAGGUAUCGCAGCUUGUGCCCUUGCGAGCAUUCCUGCCUGAGGUCGACGUCCCCACCACGUCCACAUUCACAAACAGUAGCAAUUACCUGAGUCACCGAAAGAUUGGCGUUCCAGGGCAGCUCAACAUCGCCAAGAUUCUUGUCAGCAUUCUCCAACUCAUAUGGGGUAUCUCGACGCUUUAUAACGCUCGCGGUAACCAGAUCGAUCUGUAUGGCUACGGGGCAUUCGGUUUGACGGUAGCACCCUACGCCUUUAUGAGUUUUCUCAAUCUUCUCGUCAGCCUUGUCCUCCCAGUCCACAACAACAUGUAUCUGGUGUGGACGCCGGAUAUGAAGGAGGCCAUGGUCAAACCUAGGACUGAGCGCCAUCGUGCUGGUAUUUUCUACGGGAUGAUUGCAUCUGUUGACGUAGAUGAACUGAGCCGUCAAGUGAAAAAGGACAAAUGCCGACUACCUUACAACCAGAAACUUGUGAACAUGCCCUGUCUCUUGACCAUCUACUCGUUCAUCUAUCUUCUCAUAGCCAUUAUCCCUUUGGCGAUCGUGGGCGCGUUCACAAAUUUCCGCACAGGAAGUGAUGUCCACGUGGACAGGGCAUGGAUCCUGGCCUGGCUGAUCGUUGGCUCUGCUUCGGCCAUCUUGAUUGGACAAGUGUCAGCACAGGUGGCUAUGAAUCAGCGAGCGGAAGCUUUUCAAGACUUUCUCAAAUUCAAAACGUCGACAAAGAGUACCCAGGGGGAAUUGGAUGCUCAAAGCGUUGGUCAGCAAUAUUAA